GUCAAACAUAACCUCAUUCAAAUUUGUAUUUGUAAUAUUUGUAUUUUAUUUUAACGAUCAUCGAUCAAUCUUGUACUUUCCACAAGAGGAAAUUCUUUCGAUAGUGAAAUUUCAAUACAAAUUAAUGUUAUGAAUGAUUGGUUGUUUAAAAAGUAAUAAGAAGUGUUAAAAAUGUAAUAACUGGAAUUGAGACAGGCAGGCCCUCCUUCUGUUUAACAUUUAACCAAGGUUACAAAGCUAAUUGGCAGAGGAGAGAUGGAUUCCCUAGCUGCAGCAGGCUCAUCGUCAUCCGAUACUUCACUGACUGAAAAACAGAUUCGUAGAAGGAAAAAAAGACAAGAAAAAGCGGAACGUGAAAAAAUUGAGGCAGCUGAACGAAAAGAGGCUGCCCUAAAACAAAUGAGAUAUUUGCUGGCUGUCUGUGAACAAUACUCAGAAAUAUACACCAAAUCAAGCGAGGACCAAAGAAGAGUACUCAAAGACAGGAACGUAGUAAUUCCAACAUUUGCCGAUAUUGAAGGUGUAAAAAAGGAAACAAGAGUCCAACAAACUAUAGCAGAUUACGAUGUAACCAAACAUCUUAAAUAUUUCGAAAAUGGGCAGUUACACUCAUACCAAAUAGAUGGCGUGAAAUGGAUGUACAUGUUGCACGCAAAUUGUACAAAUGGCAUUUUAGCUGACGAAAUGGGCCUAGGAAAGACUAUACAAGUAAUUGCUUUAAUUUGUGUUCUAUUGGAGAUCAAGACACAAGGACCCUUCAUGAUUAUUGCUCCCUUAUCAACAAUACCAAACUGGGAAAAUGAAUUUAAAAGAUUCGCUCCUCAAAUCCCUAUAGUCACUAUUACCGGAGCAUCAGAAAGCCGCUUUGAAAAAAUGCCUUUAAUCAAGAAGAAAUACAAAAUUGGUGAUUUUGAAACAUUCCCAGUCGUGAUAAUGUCUUAUCAGGUACCCUUGAUGGAGAUCAAUGCAUUGAAUGCAUUCAAAUGGAAGUACAUUAUUGUAGAUGAAGGACAUGUUAUAAAGAACCAUAAUACCAGGCUGGCAAAAGUUUUGCGGAUAUUUCGAUCGGAAAACCGAUUAUUGCUCACAGGUACUCCCUUGCAAAAUAACAUUGAAGAAUUGUGGUCAUUACUUAACUUCCUUUUGCCCAACUUCUUUCGAGAUAUGAGCACAUUUUCCGAUAUACUUUUAAUGGAUGAUUUGAAAGAUGAAAAUAAAUUAAUUCAGGAAGAAGUUUCAAAUAGCCUGGUUUCAAAAAUUCAUAAAGUGUUAGCACCUUUUAUGUUGAGGAGAUGCAAAAAAGAUGUACUUUUCAACAUGGUUCCCAAAAAAGAGGUGACCGUUUAUUGCCCAAUGUCACCAUUACAAAUUAAAUUAUAUGAUUAUGUGAUUGCACGUAAUAUUCAGGGACUUCAAGGUUUACCAACUGAUGAUAUAGAUUUAGAUGGGCCAAGACCAAAGAGGAAAUGUAUACGUAAAAUGGAUUACAGUUUCAGAUCGUUAGAUAGAUACAUAAAAAAUGCUUGUCUAAUGAAGCCAAGUCGUGAUAUUGAAGAUGAAACAAACAUACCAGGACUUAUUAUAGAUAAAUGUGAUUUAAAUAUGAACAACUCGGAAUUGCAAAAAUAUAAGAAAGAGGUGAUGGUCCGAUUAACCAUGCUAAGUUGCAUGAUGAUGUUCAAGAAAAUCGUUAACCAUCCUUAUCUUGUGCAUUUCCCUCUCGAUCCGAAUAGUAAAGAAAAACGGCUGUUAAUUAAUGAAGAAUUGAUAAAAAGCAGCGGCAAAUUAUUGGUACUUGACACACUAUUGCCCGAAUUAAAGAAACGUGGUCAUAAGAUUCUACUGUUCAGCCAACUAUGUAUGGGUUUAGACCUGAUUGAAGAAUAUAUGAUUUUAAGAAACUACGAGUAUCGUCGGCUCGACGGAUCAGAUAAGUUGGCAGCGCGGUCAAAAAAUAUGCAAGAAUUUAAUACAGAUCCGAAUGUUUUUGUGUUUUUGCUAAGCACAAGGGCUGGUGGGCUUGGUUUGAAUCUUACCGGAGCCGAUACUGUUAUCUUCUUCGAUAGAGACUGGAAUCCUCAAAUGGACAUUCAGGCGCAAGAUAGAUGCCAUCGGAUUGGUCAAACAAAACCAGUAGUUGUCUACACACUAACAACAAAAAAUACAAUCGACGAACACAUUAUUGGUACUGGUCAAGUUAAAAGGGUCUUGGAAAAGGUGGUAAUUUCUGAUGGUAAAUUUAAAACUCUCAGUUUGAACAAUCGAGAACGUACUGAAAAUGUUCUGAUAGAAUUGCGCAAGGCUUUAAAAAAACCUGAAGAUGAUGAUUGUUACAUUUAUUCAAAUGAUUUGGAGUUGAAUAGGCUUUUGGAUCGAUCAGAUUUGUAUGCUCAAUUAGAAGAAAUUAAUGUAAAAGUCAAGAAUGAAGAUGAUCAGUAAAACCAGAAGUCCAAGACAUACUUUUGUUCUAAUUAAUUUUAUUUUUGGAAAUUUGUUCAUUUCCUUUUGUUUGUUAUAAAAAUAUUACCAAUAAGGAAAAAUCUCAUUGUUUUUUGUUAGUUUACGAUAGUGUAAGUUUUUUUUAUAUUGAAGUUUAGGUUUAGUGUGUUCUAUUUAUUCAUUGUUCUGUUGUGUCAUUUUAUUAACUUGAUUAAAGAAUUUUGAAAAAUAA